AAACCCUUUGGAGCCACCAAGCUGGAGUCGGAAAUGGAGUCCCGUGGGUCCGGGGCCACGGGGGUUGAGCAUCACCUCCUCCAGGCUGAGACCCCAAGGAAGAAUGGCCACGUGGGAAGAACACUGCGCUGGUUCACCACUGUGGCUCUGAAUGCUGCUUUCCUGGGGAUGGGUGUGAGCGCAGCUGUGCUGGGACCCACAUUUCCAGACCUGGCGAGAAACGUGAACCGCAACAUCAGCAGCCUUUCCGAAAUCUUCGUGGGCCGCGCCCUCGGCUACAUGUGCGGCUCUGUGGUUGGUGGGGUGCUUUUUGACUGCAUGAAUCAUUUUCUACUUUUGGGGCUGUCCAACCUGAUCACCAUGGCCGGUCUUUACCUCACUCCUUUCUGUAAAACAGCUGCCUCACUGACUGCCAUGAUGUCUGUUACCGGUGUCUCUUUUGGUGUUCUGGAUACAGGUGGAAACGUCCUCAUCUUGGCUCUUUGGGGGGACAAAGGAGCCCCACACAUGCAAGCCUUGCACUUCAGUUUCGCCUUGGGCGCCUUUCUGGCUCCCCUGCUGGCUAAGUUGGCCUGGGGUACAGCAGCAUCUGCUCAGAACCACACCGAGUCCGACUUUAACUCUCUAGUGCUGAACCGAUCCUCCAAAGCCGCCUCAGACUCUGUGUUCGCGGUACCCGAUGACAUGAAUCUGCUGUGGACAUAUGCUUCUAUCGGCACCUAUAUUUUAGUAGUUUCUUUCUUUCUGUUUGCUCCAUUUUUUAAGAAACGCUCAAGACAGAAAAAAACCAAAGCAUCUGCUCAGGGGGCUCGAAGGGCUAAGUAUCACUGGGCCCUGCUGUGCCUCCUCUUCCUCUUCUUCUUCUUCUAUGUGGGAGCCGAGGUGACCUAUGGCUCUUACGUAUUCUCCUUCGCCACCACCCACGUCGGCAUGGAAGAGAGCGAGGCAGCUGGCUUGAACUCCAUCUUCUGGGGGACCUUUGCAGCCUGCAGGGGCCUGGCCAUCUUCUUUGCGACGCUCUUACGGCCUGGAACCAUGGUUGUGUUGUGUAACAUUGGGAGCCUGGUCGCAUCUUUCUUUCUGGUGCUUUUUGACAAGAGCCGUCUCUGUCUCUGGAUCGCGACUUCUGUGUAUGGAGCCUCAAUGGCAGCCACGUUUCCCAGCGGCAUCUCCUGGAUUGAGCAGUACACCACCUUAACUGGGAAAUCUGCAGCGUUUAUUCUGAUUGGAGCUGCCCUGGGACUAAUGGCGACUCCUGCACUAUCUGGAAUUCUUCAAGGACACUACCCAGAUCUCCCAGUAAUUCUGUACACUUGUCUUGGCUCAGCAGUAUUAACAACUGUUUUAUUCCCUGUGAUGUAUAAAGUAGCCACCUUACCUCUGGAUCAAAAGCAGGAAAAAAGCAUCAACAGUUGUGGCCAGAAACUGUUACUUUCUAGCUCUAGGCUAACCAAGGAAGCUAAAUGA